GCCGCCCCGCGGGGAGGCGUCCGCAGCUGUUCCGGCCGCUGACUCAGGCCGCGGGCGCCCGGGUGACGGAGCCGGUGUCUGAGCCGCCGCCGCGGGAGGGACGACGGCCACGUGGCUCUUCGAGGGGCGCGGGGACACCGGGGCCCGCGCCAGCUGCGGGGACACCGCUCAGGAGCCCGAAGCCCGGGACCGGCGGCGAGGUCAGGGGGCGCCACCGCGAGAUGGAGAAGUUCAAGGCUGCCAUGCUGCUGGGGGCGGUGGGGGACGCUCUCGGGCACAGAAACGCCCGCAAGGACAGCAGCGCUUCUGGCAAGAAGGUCCAGGAGGAGCCGAGGCCGAGCGGGGACUUGGACCAGCUGGUGCUGUCCCCGGAGAGGUGGCCGGUGAGCGACAACACCAUCAUGCACCUGGCAACAGCCGCGGCCCUGACCUCAGACUACUGGUGCCUGGAUGACCUGUACCGGGAGAUGGUGAGGCGCUACGUGGAAGUUCUUGAGAAGCUUCCAGAACAUUGGGCAGACCCAGCUACCCUGGAAGGCUGCUCACAGCUGAAGCCGGAUAACUAUCUCCUCGCCUGGCACACGCCUUUCAAUGAGAAGGGCUCAGGGUUUGGAGCUGCCACCAAAGCCAUGUGCGUGGGCAUGCGGUACUGGAAGCCGGAGCGCCUGGAGACCCUCGUGGAAGUGAGCAUCGAGUGCGGCAGGAUGACACACAACCACCCCACAGGCUUCCUCGGGUCCCUGUGCACAGCCCUGUUUGCAUCUUACGCCGCACAAGGAAAGCCCCUGGAGCAGUGGGGCAGAGACAUGAUGCGCACGGUGCCGCUGGCGGAGGAGUACUGUAAGAAGACCAUCCGGCACCUGGCGGAAUACCAGGAGCACUGGUUUUACUUUGAAGCUAAGUGGCAGUUUUACUUGGAGGAGAGAAACAUCAGCGAAGAUGUGGGAAGUAAAGCCGCCUUCCCCGACCGCUACGGCGCGGAGGAGAGAGAAAAGGCUUACCGGAAAUGGAGCUCUGAAGGCCGAGGGGGCCGGCGGGGCCACGACGCCCCCAUGAUUGCCUACGACGCUCUCUUGGGAGCUGGGAACAACUGGACGGAGCUCUGCCAGCGGGCCAUGUGUCACGGAGGCGAGAGCGGGGCCACCGGGACAAUCGCCGGCUGCCUGUUCGGGCUGCUGCACGGCCUGGACGCGGUUCCCGCGGGCCUGUUCCAGGGCCUGGAGCAUCAGGAGGAGCUGGCGCGCCUGGGCGAGGCCCUCUACCGCCUGUCCACUCAGGAGAAGUAAAGCCCUCCGCCGCGUCCCUUCGCGGGGAGCCCCGGGGUCCGCGUGCACGGCCCUCCUGCCCGUGCCGCUCGCCUGGUCCGCCAUAAUCGCACGUUAACUCUCUCCUCCUGAUGCAGAGCCCUAACUGCCGUAUGAAAUGCCCUGUUUGUCCUUCCCUAACCCAGACCUGGGGCCUCGCCAGGGCCUGCCACCCGCAAGCCUCCACGCACAGUGGCACAAAGUCUCUCGGACAAUCGGUGUGUUUCACUCUGUGCAAAACUAAUGCUGCUCGCUCGCUCAUGCCCACACCACUAAGCACGACAGCUGAGCUGUCCCGCGGCCCACCCCUGCCUUGGGGCCAGGGCCGCGGGCACCGGCCUCGGGCCGCAGCCGAGAGAGAGCACGGCGCUUCACCCGUCACCGCACGGCCGACGGUUUUAAUCACACUAGAUCUUUAAAACCAAACCCUUCUGAAACAAGUGACAGAAAACCAGGAAAUAAAGGGCUCUGGUGUGACACCCGCA